UUUAAUAUCUUCUUGAUUCAAGAAAAAAAAAACAGUUUUUGGUGAAAAUUUGCUGGAUUGUCUUAUUAUGCUGAGGAAUCUGAAAUGUUUAAUAUUUUGGAUAAUUCAUUCAUUGGAACUUCUGAUACAUUCAAGAUCUUUUGGUGAAUUUAUAUUCUGAAUUUUUUAUUCUGGUUUAUGUUUUUUUUUUCUCUAAACCAAACCACUCAUAUAAUGGAAAAGAUGUUACCUACUCUGUUUCAUCAACUCCAUCUUGUUUUUCCAUCAAAAAUCUGGCUUGGUUUCUUUUAUAAAUGCUCGUUCUGAAUCAGUCUGUAUAAUCACAGGACAAGUAGAAAAGCUCAACUCAAAUUCAAAAUUCAAAUUAACUAAACUUAUUCCUUGUCAAUGGCAGGCUGCAAGAUACUCUUUCUCUUUGUUUUAUCUCUUGCCAUUACUUUUGUCUCUCCUGCUCGGCUUCUUAAUGAAGAAGAAGAUAUUGGCUUGGUCCCUGUGCCUACCACAACGUCUGGUUCAGGCCUCUUCCCCACUUCAACUGGUAUCACUACAGGUGCAAGUCCAGCCUCAGGCGGUUCAGGUCCUUUGAAUACUUUAAGUGGCUCUGGACCUCUACCAACCACUGGUUCUGGUUCUUUACCGGUUGCUAGUUCGGUUCCCUUGCCUGCUACUGUCCCCGGUUCUCUUCCAACCACCGGUUCAGGUCCCGUUCCGGUUGCUAGUUCUGGUCCUUUGCCUGCUGCUGGUUCAGGGCCUUUGCCGACUGCUGGCUCAGGUGCAGGUGGUUUACUUCCCGACCACACAUUAGUCUUCUUUAUGCACGAUAUACUCGGUGGCUCAAACCCAACAGCCAGGGCUGUGACCGGAGUCGUUGCAAACGCAGCUCUCAGUGGCCAGCUUCCAUUCGCCAAACCCAACGGCGCAAACCUCCCUGUCAGCAACGGCGUUCCAUCUAACAGUAACAACAACGGAAUCCUCAACAACAACAACGUCCCGCUUCUGGUCGGUCUGGGAGGAACCACUUCCAGCAUUCUACAGAACAACGGGAACAGCCUCUUGAACGGUCUCCCCGUGGCUAAUGGCGGUCAGCUCCCAUCUGGUUCGUCCCUUCAGAUGCUCAUGUUUGGGACGAUGACGGUGAUGGACAACGAGCUAACGGAAGGGCAUGAGCUCGGGUCAGGUCUGCUUGGCAAAGCUCAGGGCUUCUACGUGGCGAGCGCGGUGGAUGGAACUAGCCAGACUAUGGCCUUCACGGCUAUGUUUGAGAGUGGUGGUUAUGAAGAUAGCAUCAGUUUCUUCGGUGUGCAUAGAACGGCUGCAUCGGAAUCUCAUCUUGGGGUCAUGGGUGGUACGGGGAAGUAUGUGAAUGCGAGAGGAUAUGCCGUUGUCAAGACUUAUACUGGUGGCAGUGGGAACACACAGCAGCCGCACCAGUUCACAGAUGGGCUUGAGACUGUUCUGGAGUGCACCGUUUAUCUUUCUUACUAGUUUUUUUUUCCUUGUUGUAUUUGAAUUGCGUUGUGUUGUGUUGUAUCGUAAUAUGUAACAACAAAGCCUAUUAAUUUGAUAACAAAUUUCAUGUU